CACUAAGGAGACAAGCUUUGCUUUGGGAGUGCCAUUAAGAUAUACAUGAAAAGACCUAAAGAGACAAACAGAGGCAAAGUGGACAGGGCUGCUGCCUGAAUUCAAUGCAACUGUGAUAUCACAUUGCAUAAUAAUGUAACUUUAUGAUGUCACAGUACCAACACUGUUUCAGGAGAACAUUUCAAAUGUCUCAUUUCACACAAACCCUCUCUACAAGCAAGUCACUGUUUGAUCGUGUCUGCUCGUUGUUUUCGAUUGUGUUUGAACUUUUGCUUCUUGCAAACUUUCACUGGUAUCCACUUUGUUGAGAUGAUGAACUCCAACAUGCAGAGAGCUGAGGCUCAAACCGCCGACAGCUUCAAGGCUUCCCCUGUGGAAGACGUUUCCAGCAUUUCUGUCCCUGCUGUGGUCACUGUCAGCGCUGACCUGGUUGAGGAUCUGCUGGUCCAGCUGCUACUGAAGCUGUUCCCUCUAGAAAGCUACACUAGUGCUCAUCUAGACCAACAAGAACUGCUGACACACUGUCUCCACUUGAGUGCAACAACUCUGGAGACCCUGAGGAAAGACCCUGGUGUCUCUGUGGACGAGGACCUCCCUCCUCCUUCCUGUGAGGUUUGGAGAGCUGUGGCGCUUCUUGUCUGCAGCGUCAUGGAGAGGUUUGGGACAACGAACCGGAUAAGGAAGCUAGUGCUGAACAAAGACCCGGCCCUCCUGAGCUUCAUCCCGGACCAAAUCAUUGAGUCUGUCCUUCAAAUCUACAAGGACCAGUCUGAAGAUGUGUGGAUUCCCCCACAGAUACCCUUGGAUGAAGACGGCCUGCUGUUCUCCCAGUUUCUUCCUGAGAACAUCAAGGAGGAAAUGUUGGAGCAGUAUGGACCCUGGAUAAGACGCAUGAAGAUCUUCCAGAGAGCGUUCCCAAAAACAUGUGAAGAGGAGGAGAAAACUGCAGAUGAUACCUGCUGCCUGCAGCAAGAACCUUGCAGUGAGGACCACAAACAAGUCUCUGACUCUGAAGAAGAACAAUCUGAUGAUGGAGCCCAAAACAUCCAACUACCUGAACUGUCUGUUGACCAGCUUAUGGCUGAUGAUGACCAAACUGCAGAACAAAAUCUGCAGACUAACAGAGCUGUGGUGGAGCAAUCCACUAUCAAACAAGUCCUGCUGAAGCUCUUUAAACCCCCAAACUUCUGCACACCGAGGAGCCAGAGGAGCCAGGACUUUGAUGAUGAGAUGGUGGAGCACAUCCACAUGUUGCUCCAAAAGGAGGCUAAGAAGUACAGGAAGAACCGAAUCUUUCUUAAACACCUCAACCGCCUCAAAGACCCGAAAGAAGAGGUCAAAAUUAGCCAGAAACUGCAUCGGCCAAUCAAAGCCAGACUGAGAGAGGUUUUGCCGAACACCCGCCUGAAGAGAGAAGACCUCAUGGAGGAUGCUCAGGCUGCUUUGUCAGCCUGCAGUCUCAUAUCUUCAGAGAUCAUGAACUAUCUCAAGCCCUCUGUGAGUUUUGCGCCUGACACAAAGCCAGGAGACGAGACCCCAUACAGCCUCAACAUUCCCAUCAAGAGGGAAUCGACAGAACCAGGCAGAGAGCUGACCCAGCUGGAGCUCCAUGCGCAGGAGCAGCAGGCAGGAACCAGAGAGAAGGUCAAGACAGAGGAAACCAAGAGGAACAGAAUCAUCUCUUGGUUCUGUAAACCUUUCAAGAAAAAUAGAUAGAACAAAAAACAAAGACAAUAAGCCCAAGCAUCAACAGCUGGGGCUCACUGCAAAAUAAAAUUUGGCUUUUGCCAGCAUUAA